AUGGGAAACGGUCUAAAGCCUCUUAGACAACAACAUCCUUCAUUUCUUUACGAGCCUCUGCUCAGCACUCCAUUUUUGGAGGAGGCAGAAAACGAGAAGCUGAGAGUUUUCAGCGCCAAGGAACUGAAGAAAGCAACAGAAAGCUUCAUAAAAGACAGGGUUGUAACUAGCCACGAUGGCUCGGUUCAAACAUUCUACAAGGGAUACAUCAAUGACACCACAUGUGCACUAUCAAGAACUAAAACCAAAGUCCCUAUUUCUGUCAUGGAAUGUCUUCAAGAUCGUCCACGGGGUCAACAUGUGUGGAAAAUAAACAAAGAAGAAGCGGAGUCUCUAGGAGAGAUACAUCAUCCCAACUUGGUCAAGCUUUUAGGUUACUGUUAUGAAGAUAGCAAAUCACUUUUGGUUUUCGAAUACUCUCACAAAGGAAGUUUGGAAGAUCACAUAUUCGGAAAAGAGGAGGCAUUGACUUGGGAAACACGGGUUAAGAUAGCCAUUGGAGUAGCACAAGCUGUUGCAUUUCUCCACUCCAUCAAGAAAAUCCCGUUAAUCCACGAACUGCACAUGCAUAACAUUAUGCUUGACGAGCAAUACAAUGCAAAAUUGCUUUAUCUUGAUUCAAAAGAACUAUUAAUCGAAGAUGUUCGGGAAUUUGUAGCAACUACAUACCUGCCACUUGAAUAUACAAUGACAGGUCAUGCGGGAGUGAAGACCGAUGUUUUUGCAUAUGGUGUGAUAUUGCUUGAGCUCUUUACUGGUUCAAAAGGUGGAUUAAAAUGUCAAGAGACCUUAGAUAUUAGGACUAGAUCGUUUGAGGAAAGAAUUGAUCCUCGACUUGAGAGCGAUUAUCCUAUGCAUGCAGCAAAAAAAAUGGGCAGACUCAUCCAAAUAUGCACAAAGGGGAACUGGAAAGAACGACCGUUAAUGCAACAUGUUUUGGAUGUUCUUAACUAUGUUGCAUGUAAAUAUUAA